UUUUAAACAAUUCCCUGCAAAUUUAGCCCAUAUUUGUCGAACACAGGAAAACCCACCGACCAGACUGACAUUCGCCGGAGACGGGGAAAAAGAAGGAAACCCUUCUCCUCGCCGACAAAAUCAAAAUUCAGCGCUUCUUUCCGCUCCUCCGACUUGAGAACCUACCGCCAGGCUUCAAUUCACCUCCACCGCUACGGCGGGCGACGGCAGCCCGACUAAGCUGGUAAGUUCCUGUUCCAUUCUCCUCGUCCUCGACACUAGGAAAAGCUGAUUGGAAGUUGAUAAAUAAUGAGCUCGUCCUUAGCUAGGUUUUCCAACUUUGAAACGCUCGUCAAUUAGGAGACCGACCAUGGCUGCAAUUCUUCUACCGGGGAAGUUUUAAAAGAGAAUGGUGUGUCUGAAAGAGGCUCCACGUAUUUGAAAGUUCUUCAAUUUGAUUUUGGUGGUCAGUCCCUUUGUUUCGAUUGUUUCAUUUCAGAAGUUGUAUCCUUCCCUCUUUCAAAUUCGCAGCAUUGCGUUCAGGGUCACUCCCUACUGAGUCAAGUUUCUCUUCUUGGAUACUGGUUCUGCCGUUCUUGGAUUGUUCAACUUCUUUCGCAUACCUGUGAUUGCUAGUGGGAGUUGACUUGGUUGAUUCUUCAGAAGGACUGAACGAGAGAGGACAGUGAUUGCUUAGGCUCAAAGUUGUACAUGUAAAUUAUUUGUCAAUAGCCGAGUUGUGGCAUAUCCCAAAUUUCUCGUUGAAGUUAGGUUUUCAGGUGUAUGGUUCUAUCAGAUACGUAUUGCUCUGAAGAGGCGCAUUGGAUUCCUGUUGGUUCUGUUUCAGCAAUAAUGAUUUACACCGCUAUAGACAACUUCUACCUUACGGAAGAGCAGCUACAGAACUCUCCAUCGAGGAAGGACGGAAUCGAUGAAGAUACUGAAACUUCCAUUAGAAGAUAUGGCUGUGAUCUCGUACAAGAAAGUGGCAUUUUGCUCAGGCUACCUCAAGCUGUGAUGGCGACUGGACAGGUUCUAUUCCAUCGCUUCUACUGCAAGAAAUCAUUUGCUAAGUUCAAUGUCAAGAAAGUUGCAGCUGGUUCAGUUUGGCUUGCCUCCAAGCUAGAGGAAAGUCCUAGAAGAGCAAGGCAGGUUAUCAUGGUUUUUCACAGGAUGGAAUGCCGCAGAGAGAAUUUGCCCAUUGAGUUUCUGGACAUCAAUUCUAAGAAAUAUGCUGAACUAAAGGUGGAGUUAAGUAGAACUGAAAGACACAUAUUGAAGGAGAUGGGUUUUGUUUGUCAUGUUGAGCAUCCACACAAGUUCAUAUCCAACUAUCUUGUCACCCUUGACACACCCCCAGAACUGAGACAAGAGGCAUGGAAUCUUGCAAAUGAUAGUUUGCGGACAACCCUGUGUGUUCGUUUUAGGAGUGAAGUUGUAGCUUGUGGUGUAGUGUAUGCUGCUGCUCGGAGGUUCCAAGUCCCACUUCCAGAGAAUCCACCUUGGUGGAAGGCUUUUGAUGCUGAUAAAUCCGGCAUCGAUGAAGUUUGCAGAGUGUUAGCUCACCUGUACAGUCUUCCAAAGGCUCAAUACAUAUCAGUCUGUAAGGAAGGCGACUUUUCUUUUUCUAAAAGGGCUAUGGAUUUGCAGUCACAAACAGCUGCAAAGGAUGCUCCACAAGCUAGCUCACCAGCAAACAACGAUGCUUCUUCCAAGGCGACCCCGAGCUUGAUCAGUGUUGAAACUGGGGGGUCUAAGGGAACAUUGGUGAUAAAAGCAGCAUUGGACAAGGUGAAGGACUCUAAGAAGGGCGACGAUGAAUCCAAGAAUGAGGACGAUGCAACAAGGGAGGUAGCGAUUGGGAGAUCCAAGUCUGAGCAUAGAACAACGGAUGGAAGCAGUGAUAGAAGCAAGGAGAGAGACAGGGACAGGGAAAGAGAGAGGGAAACGAGAAUGAAGGCUGGUGAUCGUGACAACAGGGGAAGGGAUUCCGAUAGGGAAAGAGAUCGAGAGGAAAGUGAAAGGGCCAGAGAUAAGAGCAAGGACCGAGGAAGGCAUCGUUCUAAAGAUAGGGGGAAGGAUUCAGGAGGAUAUUCAGAUAAAUCAAGGCAUCCUUCGUCACGUGAACGUGACUAUCACAGCUCCUCGUCGUAUUCAUCAAGGGAUAAGGAUAGACACAGGCAUCACUCGUACGGACGAUGAUCCCAGGCUGUUGCAACGCAAGUUACGCAUCAACUGAAGCUGCUAUAUCAGUGUUCGAGGUAUGCCCUCAGCUAUUCACUACAAUGUUCCCGUCUGUAGAAUAGUGAAAAGGCGAAAUUGGAUUAGUCGAAACAACGGUCUUUUCCCUCACUUGUGCUCGCUAACUGCGGGGUGUUCUGAGUGUUGUCUUUCUUUCGGGGGUUUCAUGCAUUCCAAUGUCUCUCUGUAACCAGAGUUUUGUGGAAUAUGGAUGACAUCAUCAACUACAUGAGUUGUUCUAAACUCUUUAACAGACUGGAUUGGACUUUAAGUCUUUAAAAAGCCUCUUCUUUCUGGAAGGGAGUGAAAAAUUAGGGUGUUUUAGGAAGAGGGAUAUUUAUGACUGCCAGUAUGAAUUGUGGUUUUGUAACUGUUAUUUUAGCAAGCACAUAUUGCAAGAAUAUAUUCAAAUGUUAGUCACCUCUGUCAGCAGCGGAUGUCCUGAUAACUACGCACUUCAAAAAUGUAGUGUAGAAUACACCGAAUUUCAAUUUUCAACUCAAGAAUUUAUUUGGCGUUGGUGAAAUAUAAUUUUGGGUUUGCAACGAUUGAUUGUUGAUACUAAUCGAUUUGGUGGGUUCUUGAAAAACUUUGGGUCUUCUUACAAAAAAAAAAAAAAAAACUUUGGGUCUGCCCUAAAGCAUGAAAUACCAAAAUGAGAUAGGAAGAACAAUGUAUGGUAAAAAAAAGAAGAAAAAAUCAUGUGUUGUGGAAAUUAGGAGCUGAAAUAAUGAUUGGCCAAACGACACCCAUAGAAGCAAAAACUAUCGUAAGUGGUAGCGUUGGCAAUUAGGAUCCAAAUUCAUGAAUUAAAUCCAUCCACCAAAUUAUUCACCUAAUCCAAUUCAUUUAAAUUCAAUCCAUUUGAUCAAAAUCCAAUUGGAUUGGUGGAUUCAUGGAUCAAUCCAUGGAUCCAAAUGACAAAUUAAGAUUUGGUACCUAUAUUUUUUAUUAUUUGACAUUUUGGUACCUAAAAUUUAUAUUUUUAUAAAAAAAAUAUCAUUGAAAAAUUACAUUUUGGUACCUAAAAUUUUUCAUUAUGACAUUUUAGUACCAAAACUUUUCAAAUUUUACAUUUUGGUCCAAGCCUUUUAUGUCAUUUGGAUUAAUGGAUCAAUCCACCAAUCCAUUUGAUCCAAUCCAUGAAUCCACCAAUCCAUUUGAUCCAUGGAUCCACCAAUCCAAUCCACGAAUCCGAUCCAAUUACCACCUCUAGUAAGUGGUGCUUCUCUUCUGUGUUUUAACUUUAAGUAGUGAUUUCGCUUGCCAAAGAAUUUGAGUCCAACACAAGCCACAAUGGUUGGAGGAUUAUUGUUAUGGCCUUAUGGUACACACACUCCAGCUGCCGUUGAUAUGAAGCGUUAUUGUUGCAAGUCGUGGAUCCUAUUAUUAAUCAACCAAACCAAAUCAAAUCAAAUCAAAAUCAUAUCAAAUUUCUUUGUUGAUGAACAGCACAGAUGCAUUGGUUGGUCAACUUGGAUGAAUUGGCCAUUAUUGUAUACACGCCUUACGCGCACACAAAUAGUUUCUUGUUUCAUUACCAAACCGAAUAAUCAUCGGAGCUGCAUGCAGGGGAAUUGGCGCAGAGCCACGAGCCCACAGAGGUUUUUAAUAAAUUGAAAACACGCAGGACAGAAGAGAAGGGAGGAGGAGGAACACGUGAACAUCAUAAAUAGGGGAGCCACGAAAGCCUUGCUUUUCUUUUAAUGGGUGGUUUGGAUGGGGUUUUUUGGACGGAAAAUAUCGUCCCGAAACUCUCUUAAAUUUAUAUUAUUGCGUGAAAAUCAGAUGACAUCCUAUUGUCCAGGUGGUUCGAUUGAAAUAACUAAUUUUUUUUUAUCAUGGUCUAAAUAAAUAUGAGGGUUUUGA